AUGGCAGCCAACACAAAUCUUCAAGAGGAUGAAGACGAAAUUAUCAACGCCUGUACAUACCACAGGAGUGAAUUCGACAAGGUCCUCAUACGGACGCCUGAGCGAAAGCUCGAUGCACCAUUUCUGCAGUCUUCCUUUGACACCACUUCAUCGUCAAGCCUCGGUAUCUUGGACCGACUCCCUGAAGAAUUAACUCUCAUGAUACUUCGCGAACUCGACAUUCUCUCAUAUCUGCGUUUUCGGGGAGUCAGUAACCGUGCACGCAGCAUAGCAACAACAUCGCGUGAAUACAAAACUGUCGUGAAGCAUGGACUUCAGGGACUGAAACCAUUGCUCAAGGCUGAGCUGGGACAUGUUCCUACCAUUGCCCACUUCUACCAGGCGCUCGUCGAUAACAAGUGCGAAUUCUGCGGAAAGUUUGCAACAUUUCUAUAUCUUAUCACUUGCCAGCGAUGCUGCUUCACUUGCUUGCAAAUCUCUGCCGACCUGCAUGUUCUACCUGUCCCGGUACCCAAAGCGUUCGCGAAAGCGGUGGAGAGCUCAAGUAAGGAGAUCGAGAAGAUUUGUGGACCUAAACUUCGAGUCGUCUACGGCAAAUACUCUCUGCAGCCGUGGCCAAGCGUCAAGAGACCCAGAUACCUUGUGCAAACCAAGCCUGUCGUUGAGAAGCUCAGGUCUGCUGGUUCUUCUCGAGGAAUGCCAAAGUCUGUACUCUCAUAUCAACCGCAAAGUCAAUCUCACGACGAAAUAAGGCAUGACUUUUGUUACCGGUAUAUGGCUGCUACGGCCUUUCCUUGGUACAAUUUGAGAAACGAUAGAAUUGAACGGGGGAUGAAUUGCAAAGGUUGUCAGUUCCGUGUUGAAGAGUUUGAACGCACAAACAGGCAUCUGGACCCUCCAUGGGGUUUCAAUGAUCGGGAUCGGGUGUAUUCACUGGAAGAGUUCGUGUAUCACUUCAGAUCUUGUGCGCAUGCUAGACAAGUUUGGGCUGAUACACAGGAGACACAGGAAGCGCCAGAAUCAACUUUCACUCUUCAAGGUGGCAUUGUGAUUCACUAUGAGCCAAGACAUGAGCUCCAUUGA